AUGGCCAAUUUAGACGACCCCCCUCCGCAGCCUGCGCCGACAGCCGCUCGUGCGUCUGACAGUGCAGAGCCUGCUGUAGGUUCUGAUCGUGCCCGUGCAUCUGACACUUCCAACCGCGUCGCCGCCGCAAAACCCGGCGCGAAUCCUAGCGCGGGCUCUUCCGGCGGCUCCCGCAGCUCCAUGUCCACCGAGGCGCUCGUCGCCGCGACGGCGCGCGCCGUCGCGAAUAUUAAUCUCCAAGACUAUGCCCACAGCCCCAUCCACACGGCGAUCCUGCAGCGCGAUUACCACGCUUUAAGGCGCAUUCUCGCGUCCGUUCCGCGCCCGCCGAUUCCGGGGAGUAUCAAGACCGAAGAGCAGUCAUUGGCUGCGGAGGUCCAGGCUGACGUGGCGCAGCGCACGCUGGAUCGGCGCGACGUGCCGCACAAGGAGUCGCCGCUGUGCCUCGCGGUGCGACUCGGGGAUAGGGCCGCCGUGGAGCUAUUGGUCCAGGCUGGCGCUGACGUCAGCCUCCAGAACGGAGGUGGCUGGACGGCCAUUCAAGAGGCCGUGUGCACGCGGGACGAGGCCAUAGCCACAUCUAUUCUGCGCCACAGCGGGGUGCAGGUGUGGGCGCGCUACAUGCGCCGCCUGCCUGCCCUCGCGGCCAUUCUCACGCGCAUGCGCGACUUUUACAUGGAGGUCACGUGGUCCUUCGAGUCCUCCGUCAUCCCCUUCGUCUCGAGAAUCGCUCCAAGUGAUACGUACCGCAUUUGGAAGCGCGGGCCGAGGCUCAGAGCUGACAUGACUCUUGCUGGGUUUGAUGGCUUCAGGGUGAAGCGCAAGCCACAGAGUCUGAUCUUCAUGGGCGCGCCGAGCCCAGACGGGAAGCUGAAAGCCGGUACGCUGCUGGUGCUGAAGCACGAGCGGAAAGAGGCCUUUGAUGCUCUUGAGGCCGCGGGUUCAAUUCCCACCGACGCCGAAUUAAAAGCCGAGGUGCAAUCGCUGUUCAUGACGAAUGUGUAUAAGGCAGGGAUUGAUGUCUCGCAAGCGGAGCUUACUCAGGUAUUGUCCUGGCGGGGUUUGCCUAAGGUGGAGACUGUAGCAGGGCACAGGGCGAUGCUUUACGAGAUGCAGCAUGUGCACUUCAUGUUUCGGUCGAGACGGGUGCCUGGUGCUAUGACUGAUGAGGAGUUUUUAGGGGAAGGGGCUGGGAAGGUGAAGGGGAGGGGAGGAGCGGGGAAGGGAGGGAGUGGGAAGGAAGGGGAGGAUGGAGCAGGGAAGGGUGGUGGGAAAGGAGGGAAAGGGAAAGAGGAGGCGAAAGCAGGAGGGGAGAAGGGGAGUGGUGGGAAGGACAAGGGGAAGGAGGGGAAGAUUGGGGAUGCUGGGAAGGGAGGGGAGGAGGAGGCGGGUGAGGGAGGGGAGGGGGGAGAUGGGAUAGUGGAGGAAGAAGAGGAGGACUAUAAUGGUAUACUGACAGAGGAGGAAAGGGCGCAGCUCAAAGCAGCAUUGGCCCAGGUGGAAGGGAUGGGGGAGGAGGAGGACGAGGAGGGGGGGGAGGGGAGGGAGGAGGAGCGGGAGAAGCAGGGAGAUGGAGUGAAGGGUUCGAAAGGAGGUGGGAAGGGGAAGGAGAAGGGAGGGGCAGGGGAGACAGGUGCAGGGAGGGAGGUGGAGGAGGAUGGGGGGGGAAGGAGAGGGUGGUUGGGGGGCAAGAAGAAAAAGGAGAAGGAGAAGGAGAAGGAGAAGGAGAAGGAGAAGGAUGAGGAAAAGGAUGGGAAUGCAGAAGGGUCUAAGAAGGGAGGAUGUGAGUUGCAAGAAGAAUCCAAGGAGAGCAAGCGGCAGCUUGAAAGGAAGCUCUCUCGAAGCUUCUCAGACCGUGAGAGAGACAGCAGGGACGAGGAGAGGGGCUCGGGAAAAGGCAGCAAGAGGGAGAAAGGCGAGGGGAGGAGCGGGGGGCGGAGCGGGCGGGGCGGGGGAAGCGGGGGAGGUGGGGGAGGAGGGGGAGGGGAGGAGGGGGAGGAAUAUGCGGAGAAGGAAGGGGAGAGUGAGUAUCGGCGGGGGCUGAAGCCGGUGCUGUGGAUGACGAGGGAUUUCCCUCUUGAUAUGAAGGAGCUGCUGCCGCUGCUGGAUCUGCUUUCCAACCGAGUGAAGGCCGUGCAGCGACUGAAGGAAUUGCUCACGAUGAAGCUACCCCCUGGGAUGGUGCCUGUGAAGGUGGCCAUUCCUGUGGUCCCCACUGUCCGGGUCUCUGUCACAGGAUUACAAGUGGAUUGA